AUGGAGACAAUCGACACGGAGGAUGCAGCCAUUCUGUCGUAUCAAGACUUUUGCGACAAGUAUAUGGUGCUCAAUCGUCCUGUGCUGCUUCGUAACGUGACAGCCAAGUGGUUUACAAAGACCGAGCAAUGGCGGAAGGGUCUCAGGAUUAAUCUACAGCAUUUGCGGGAGCACUAUGGCAGCGCUUUAGUACCGGUAACCUGUGGUGAUGUGGCGGAGAACGGGGCAGAGCAUCAAUGGGAGAUGAGACUCGAUGAGUACCUGGAUCUUAUUGAAAGUGAAACAGCAGGUAAAAAGUAUCUAAAGGAUUGGCACUUCGUGCACGCAUUUGGUCAAGGCGUCUAUGAUACACCACCUUUUUUCGAAGAUGACUGGCUUAACUGGUGGUGGGAUCACAAAAAGACGAGUGAGAGUGAUUACCGAUUUGUGUACUUAGGCCCGGCUGGAAGCUGGACGCCGCUCCAUCAUGAUGUAUUUCGCUCAUAUAGCUGGUCGGUGAAUAUCUGCGGCCGCAAAGAAUGGAUCUUUUACCCACCGGAAGAUGAAGUAAAGCUGAAAGAUCGUUAUGGUCGUUUUGUCGUUCCUGAUGUGACGGCUGAUGUGAUUGAUACAACAAAAUAUCCUCGUUUCCACGAAGCACAUGCUAUGUAUGUCGACCAAGAAACGGGUGACGCCAUCUUUGUCCCUAGUGGUUGGUAUCACCAAGUGAAGAAUCUGGAGGAUACGAUUUCUAUCAACCAUAACUGGUUCAACGGGUACAAUAUCCGCGAAGUAUGGGGGUUCUUGAAGCGCGAGUAUGCUGCGGUAGAGCACGAGCUGGAUGAUCUGAAAGAGAUAGGGCUUGUUGGACGCGACUUUGUCGACCAGUGCCAGGUGGUCAUGCUUGCCAACACUGGAAUGAACUACGUCGAGUUUCGGGAGCUUUUGUAUGCCAAGACCAUCAAGAUGCUAUCACGGUGUGAACACCCAGAAAACAGCGACACAAUGCUCGUCAAAAGGGAUUUGCUCAGCCACUUGGGAUACGUGCGUGAUAUCCUGCGGCAGCUGAACAUAGUCUUAGGUGGUGCUGGCAAUGGAAUCGACGCAAAAGUCGACCAGCGCUGGACCGAUGUGGACUUGCAAUUGGAGAUAUUGUGUGAUGCUCGCAGCGGGGCCGCAAACUAA